AUGGCUGCUACAAAACUCGUUGCUUUGCUUCUGCAAGCCCUCAUCCUGUUAUCAGUGCAGGAGCUGGAUGAGGACACAUGGGAGCACAUGCAACAGCGUGAGAAGGAGAUGGACCAGGAGAUGGCUCAACUCUUGGAGAAGAUGGAGAGGAGAAGCCAACUGCCUAUGUUCCUGCAGCAAAGGCUUCAGGAGCAGACUAUCAUGGACUAUCAACCUGUGCUCUUUGCUGACAUUGUUGUGAGCCUUGUCCUCCUGUUUCGGCUCUGCUGGUGGAUCACGAAAAGCCGCCUUGACAUGAGCACAGACGUGGAGAAAGAAGAGGCAGGAAUUGACAUAGAUGGUCUGGAAGAUAAGAAGUCUAUAGAAAUGGUUAUUUCCAGGGGUCAGGUGGUGAAGAAGCUGGUGGAUCACUUCGUGCAGCUCUUACAAGAGCGCCUGUCAAAUACUUCCUUCCCAGUGCUGCAGCUUCCCAUUGGUGUGGGCAGUGCCUUCGAAGGCUGGUGCCCCCAUGAGAAGGAUGAUGCUGUCUACCAGCUGCUUGUGCCACUGAAGGCCCCCGCUGGGUACACCUUCUGCCUGGAGCUUGGCAUGUUAGGGCAGACUCCAGGUCAUGGCCCCCGCAUCCGUGUAGAGCUGGAAUGCACCUGUGGGACACAGAAAAUGCGAUGCUUCGCCUGCAACACCAAGAAGCAGCUGGGAUGGAGAAAGCGGGCACCCAGUCUCCGUACUGCCCUCUGCAGCAAUUCAUACCUUGAUGCAGCCAAAGUUGCAAGGUGGUUCCAGGGCUUGGUGAAGGAAGCCUGGGUGGCAAUGCCUCAGGCAGAUCAGUACAAAGUGAAGGUGCUGCCUUCCUUCAGCUCCUGCCAUCUGCAGCUGACGAGUGACAGCGGGACAGUCCUCAAUCUUGAGAUGAUUUUUGGGGUGCAGCAAGGUGACACAGAUAUCUUCCUCAGCAGCCAGACUGCAGAGGACACCUACACCCCAAGCACGGUAUGGACAGAGAACUAUGCCGUGGCGGAGCGCAAAUUCUUCAGCCAUAUAGCCACACAGGUUCCAGGUGGCACCAUCCACCUCAGAUGCCUAAAGCUCUGGUCCCACAUCCUGGAGAGUACAGACAUUUCUCCCUACAUCUUGAAGACAGUUGUCAUGCACCUCUUGAAUACCAUUCCUGUUUCAGACUGGUGCAGAGAGAGGCUCUUUGUCCGGAUGGUGGAUGUCCUGAGAUUUCUGGGCUGCUGCCUGAAAGCAAAAAAGCUCAGCCACUUCUUCUUUGGCAAUACAAACAUGCCCAAGGAGAUCAUCUUGCCCUCAGUCUUGGAAAGUUCCCGGCCACGCAACCUCUUCCACCAUCUGGUGCAGAAUCCAUCUGCACGCAUCAAGGCAGUAAAACAACUUCAGGAACUUCAAUAUGAACUCUUUAUGGGACUGCAUUAUAGUUACGUAGAGAGAUGGUCACAGUAA